GUACUCCACCGCGUUCCUCGUCAUUCGCCCCGAGCCCGUCCCCCUCCCCCGCGCCGCGUGGUCUACUGGGCCCGUAUCUAUCGCGGCGGCCAGUCCAUUCGCGGUGACGGUGACGGACAGAUCGUUGUUACUCGUCUACUCCGGGUCACGUUCCGCGAUCCCUCCGCCGACGAUCGAUCGCCGUCCGUGGAUCCUCGUCCUUUCCGACGUCACCGGAACCCGCCACUCACAAUACACGCCACCAUCUUUUUCAAUCACUGCCGCCCGGUGUCGUCCCACCGCUCCCUAUUGUCUAUAAAGGAUCGCGAGGCGGAAACUCGUCGCCCAGUGACUCGAGCGCAGCAAGGACAAGGCCCAGUUUUCGGGCCAGCCGUGAAAUUCUUCGUUUCGCGCGUCGAUGGUGCUGUAAGAAAAAGAGAAAGAGAGAGAGAUAUAUAAAUUGGAUCGACGGAUCGGGAGAGCAAGUUUCGCGGGAAAUAGUGCGACAGUUGGAUCCGGCAGUUUCGGUUUUGCCGCGCCGCCGCGAUCUCGCCGACUGGGUGCCGGACGUGGCCGCGGUGUUGCGCAUGAUCGCCGAUCGCUAUGACGGAUGAGUCGUGAAAGGAAUUAACACGGCCUCGGAGGUUGGUCAAAGUCGAAUGAAUCACGCCGAACGGCACACAGAAGCUCGUCGUCAUCGUCGAAAUGGACAAUACGGCCGCAGCAAUACAAAACAAUACAAAGAGCACGAUCAUCGAUGCCGAUAUGUCAAGAUUUCCGAAGUCGCUGCAGACAUUCGCGGCCGCGGUUGCCAUGUUAAUAAUGAUCGUCGGCCUCGCCGGAAAUCUGCUAACGAUCAUCGCUCUCUGCAAAUAUCCGAAGGUUCGCAACGUUGCGGCAGCUUUUAUCAUAAGUUUAUGCGUGGCAGAUUUUGUGUUCUGCUUGCUGGUAUUGCCGUUCGAUUCCAUCCGGUUCGUCAACGCUAGUUGGGCGGAAGUGCGGUUUCUCUGCGUCUUCGUACCUUUCCUGAGAUAUGGGAACGUCGGGGUCAGCCUCCUCUCCGUCGCAGCCAUAACCAUUAAUAGGUACAUCAUGAUAGCUCAUCACGGUUUGUACAGCAAAGUGUACAAGAAAUACUGGAUCGCUUCUAUGAUCGUGUUCUGUUGGAUCUUCUCUUACGGGAUGCAACUGCCCACCCUCUUAGAAGUCUGGGGAACAUUCGAUUACGAUAAAAAUCUCGAGACCUGCUCGAUCGUUAAGGACGCCAAAGGUCGCACGUCGAAAACGUUCCUGUUUGUGAUGGGUUUCCUGAUACCCUGCAUGGUGAUCGUUGGCUGCUACACGAAAAUAUUCUGGGUAGUGCACAGAUCCGAGUCAAGGAUGCGAAAGCACACGGCGCCCGCGAUAAAAUCGCCGCACACCCCCGGACGGGACACCAGAGAGAUUAAACAGAAACGAAGCGAAUGGCGGAUUACGAAGAUGGUCCUCGCAAUUUUCCUCAGCUUCGUCGCCUGUUACCUGCCGAUCACUAUCGUUAAAGUAGCCGACCCGGAAGUCGGAUGUCCAGGGUGCCACGUGCUGGGCUACCUUCUCCUCUACUUCGCGUCCUGCGUGAAUCCAAUAAUUUACGUGAUCAUGAACAAGCAGUACAGACAAGCGUACGCCGGGGUGAUCGGCUGUUCGCGGAUAAGGGCGGGCCUGACGCCGUACGGGAGCAGCGCGCCCGGCCACCAUCAUCAACAGGACUACGGCCAAGACUUCAGCAAGACGAUGGUGUCCACGGUCUCCAUCGCUAUGAAUCCCGUGAGGAAUCCUCACUUCGAAGAGGACUCGUGAAUUUAGGACCGAACAUCGCGCAAGAAUAGGAGGAGACAGCGUUCGCAGCGUACAAAAUUGAACUGUCUCUUCGUACCCUCUUCCCCUCCAACUCGACCAAAGGGAGCAUUGUUCCCAUCGGAGUGUUCAAAUCUCUGGCAGAGAACGCGUCGUUCUUUGUAAAUCAACUUCGAAAUACACCGAAAUUACUCGGCGAUACUCGCACAGUUAAGCGUCGCUGUCUUUCGGAGACCGAGCUCGAUAAUUUCGGUUUAUUCGAAACCAGUCGUUUCGUCGAUUUUCGAUGAAACUGAUCGAUGAAAUAGGAUCGAUUUUGCGACCGCGUUUGCGCUCGGCGUUACGACCGAGUCGAGCCGUCGCGAAGAUGAGACGAUGCAGCAGUGCUGUUUUCGUAUCUAGUAGCAUUAUAAAUAGCUUCAGUAUUGUACAAUAGAGAGUAAAGUAAGUUAUUUCUCGAUCGAUAAGUGAAAUGUUGAUAUACAUAUUGUAGAAUCGUGACGAAUAUGCUGUGUGUUCAAUAUCCUCGAGACGCAAGUGUCGAACUUUUUUGCCAAAGGUUGCACGUAAAUAUAUUUGUACAUAGAAGCACUCGUUAAUCGCUAUAAAUAUCAUGUAAAAAUAAAACAGAUAUUAUAUAUACACACACAAACAUAUGUAUACAGGGUGUCCCAAAAACGGUUCGCAA